GCGCCUUUGACUCCUAAGCCUUUGGUCUGGCUCUCUGUCUCCCUCUCCCCUCUUCCCGGGAAGUCUCCAUGCAGGAUCAACAGAGAUCUAAUUUAAGAAAUCCUGAUUCCAAAUCCCUCCCCCGCCAUCGCCAUCAUCAUCGUUAUUAUCAUCAUCGUCGCCUUUACUAUAAUGUAUCGCCAUAAACUCUUAGCACCCUUACGUUCCCCCGGCACGAGGGAUUUUAACAGGUCAAGCCGCUCCGAUAUCUCAGCUCCCUCGUUACUUAUGGCAACUGUUAAUUUUCGACCAUUUUCCCAGCCGAAUGAGUCUCUUGUUUCUUCCUAACCCCUCGCUUUUACAUCGCCCUUGUUGUUGCGUAAUGUUCCCACCUUCUUUCCCUCGUUGUUUCUUUAAAUAGCGAGGGAUUCCGCAAGGUUCCCUCUCCACCAUGCGCCUCGGAGCCUCUGAUCUGUGUUUGAUUCCGGUCUUGUGAGCGGAGAUGUUGGCCUUUCCUGACGCAAUAAUUGGGGCUUCUGGGGGCGAAUGCGAGUGUGCGAGGGGCUAUUUUUCGGGGCUUAGGUUUGCGUCUGGUUCAGUUACCUUUGUGGGGAGUGGCUUCCUUGGAAGGAGGAGUCCGUUGAGGCAGAGCUUGAGGAUCUCGGUUCCCGUGAAGGAGAUUAGUGCAUGUUGUUUCUGCAUACAGGGCAGGCAAAGCCGGGAAUCAGUGCCGAAGAUGGUAAACGUCAAUGGGGAGGGAGGCAAGGAAUGCUGCGGCGGUGAGGAUCUGCUAAUUGAGUCGAGCUCGGAUUUGUUUAAACAUGGGGAUGAUCGGUCUACGAUGGCAGGGAAUAAUAAACCUUUGGUGUCUACUGUUGGGAAGUCAACAAACAUUGUCUGGCAAGACUGUUCAGUUGGAAAAGCUGAAAGACAGCAAUUACUUAAUCAAAAGGGCUGUGUGAUAUGGAUUACAGGUCUCAGUGGCUCAGGCAAGAGCACAUUGGCAUGUGCUUUAAGUCGUGAACUGCAUGCUAGAGGAAAGCUAACUUAUAUACUUGAUGGCGACAACGUUCGUCAUGGUCUGAAUAAGGACCUUAGUUUUAAGGCUGAGGAUCGUGCUGAAAACAUACGCAGAGUUGGGGAAGUGGCUAAGCUCUUUGCUGAUGCUGGUCUUAUCUGCAUUGCAAGCUUGAUAUCUCCAUAUAGGAGUGACAGGGAUGCUUGUCGUGCUCUGCUGCCAGAUGCAAACUUUAUCGAGGUUUAUAUGAAUGUACCCUUGGAAAUAUGUGAGGCAAGAGACUCGAAAGGCCUCUACAAGCUUGCUCGUGCUGGGAAAAUUAAAGGUUUCACAGGUAUAGACGACCCAUAUGAGCCACCCUUGAAUUGUGAGAUUGCGAUAGAGCAUAAAGACGGGAAUUGCCAAUCUCCCAGCACUAUGGCGGAGCAGGUGGUAGCUUACCUGGAAGGAAAAGGAUUCCUAUAUGCGUAGCAACUUUCCCUCUCUCUCGACCGAUGAGAAGAAUAAGAGGAAGGCUAAUGCACUCUCUCCAGCGCCUUUUAAGAAUGCUUGUGCAGUUGAAAUUGUUCACCUCAUCCCAUCUUCUGUUUCUAGUUUUUGUGAUAUAUAUAUUGUAUGUUCUCCGGUUGCAAUUGGUGUCUAUAUCCAAAUAAUUUGGUAAUGAUUUGGAAAUGGCCUUGAAGAAUGCUUGUGCAGUUGAAAUUGUUCACCUCA